GGCAGAGGAAGAGCGUUGGUGGGGCGCACUGGACCGCGGAGGGGCGGCGUGAAUUCUCCGAACCGGUUUUACGACAACGUGCGGCUGCGCAGAGUGGCUGACGGCAAAGCCGCGCUGCUCUAGGAGAGGUCACUCCGGAGACCAUCUAGGUUUUGGGGCGUGGGGGGAAUCAGUGGCAUUAUGUGGCGCGUCUGUGCGCGACGGGCCCAGAAUGCAGCCCCAGGGACGGGACUCGGAGCUCGAUGGACGGCCUCGCGGGAGGGAUCUGCAGCUCAGUGUGUGAGCCGGCGGUCUGGCCCCGCUCGUUGCAACAGCACAACCACAAGGUAUGGCGGGGUCCGGGCAUUGGGCGGCUGGAGCCCCAACUCUGGCGCCACUCCGCGGAACCGCUUACUGUUGCAACUUCUGGGCUCGUCUAGCCGCCGCAGUUAUAGUCUCCCCCCGCAUCAGAAGGUUCCGUUGCCUUCUCUUUCCCCCACAAUGCAGGCAGGCACAAUUGCCCGUUGGGAGAAAAAAGAAGGAGAAAAAAUCAACGAGGGCGAUCUAAUUGCAGAAGUUGAAACUGAUAAAGCCACUGUUGGAUUUGAGAGCAUGGAGGAGUGUUACAUGGCAAAGAUCCUUGUUGCUGAAGGUACUAGAGAUGUUCCAGUUGGAGCCAUUAUUUGUAUCACAGUUGGAAAACCUGAAGAUAUUGAGGCCUUUAAAAAUUAUACUUUGGAUUCCUCAGCAGCUCCUACUCCACAAGCAGCCUCAGCACCAACUCCAGCUGCUGCUACUGCUGCUGCAUCUCCACCCACGCCUUCUGCUCAGGCUCCUGGUAGUUCAUAUCCCACUCAUAUGCAGGUACUUCUUCCUGCCCUUUCUCCUACAAUGACAAUGGGUACAGUUCAGAGAUGGGAAAAAAAAGUGGGUGAGAAGCUAAGUGAAGGAGACUUAUUGGCAGAAAUAGAGACUGACAAGGCCACUAUAGGUUUUGAGGUACAGGAAGAAGGUUAUCUGGCAAAAAUCUUGGUUCCUGAAGGCACAAGAGAUGUCCCUCUGGGAACCCCACUUUGUAUCAUCGUAGAAAAAGAGUCAGAUAUAGCAGCAUUUGCUGAUUAUAGGCCAACUGAAGUAACUGAUUUAAAACCACAAGCACCACCACCUACCCCACCUCCGGUGGCCCCUGUUCCUCCAACUCCUGCACCUUUAGCUCCUACACCCUCAGCCACCUUUCCAGCUGCUCCUGCUGGACCAAAGGGAAGGGUAUUUGUUAGCCCUCUUGCAAAGAAGUUGGCAACAGAAAAAGGAAUUGACCUUACACAAGUAAAAGGGACGGGACCAGAUGGCAGAAUUAUCAAGAAGGACAUUGACUCUUUUGUGCCUACUAAAGUUGCUCCUGCUCCAGCAGCUGCUGUGCCUCCGCCGAGUCCAGGAGUGGCACCCAUUCCUACAGGUGUCUUCACAGAUAUCCCAAUAAGCAACAUUCGUCGAGUUAUUGCACAACGGUUAAUGCAAUCGAAACAAACCAUACCUCAUUAUUACCUUUCUAUUGAUGUAAAUAUGGGAGAAGUUUUGUUGGUACGGAAAGAACUAAAUAAGAUGUUAGAAGGAAAAAGCAAAAUUUCUGUCAAUGACUUCAUCAUAAAAGCAUCAGCUCUGGCUUGUUUAAAAGUUCCUGAAGCAAAUUCUUCUUGGAUGGACACAGUUAUAAGACAAAAUCAUGUUGUCGAUGUCAGUGUUGCUGUCAGCACUCCUGCAGGACUCAUCACACCAAUUGUGUUUAAUGCACAUAUAAAAGGACUGGAAACCAUUGCUAAUGAUGUUGUUUCUUUAGCAGCUAAAGCAAGAGAGGGUAAACUACAGCCGCAAGAGUUCCAGGGUGGCACUUUUACAAUCUCCAAUUUAGGUAUGUUUGGAAUUAAGAAUUUCUCUGCUAUUAUUAACCCACCUCAGGCGUGUAUUUUGGCAAUUGGUGCUUCAGAGGAUAAGCUGGUUCCAGCAGACAAUGAAAAAGGAUUUGAUGUGGCUAGCAUGAUGUCUGUUACACUCAGUUGUGAUCAUCGAGUUGUGGAUGGAGCAGUUGGAGCCCAGUGGCUUGCUGAGUUUAGAAAGUACCUUGAGAAACCUAUCACCAUGUUAUUAUAAUUAACCCAAGAAUUUCUGUAUUCUCCCUGGUCACAUUGGUUCAUUCUUAUUGAGAUAUUUAUGUUAUUAAACAGGUGGUUGUUUUAAAGUUAACCAGUUAAUUUUUGAGUCUAUCUAGAUAAAUUAUUUGUAAUGGGCAUUACUGAAAAUUUUUUUUAAAUGCCAGUUAUACCCAAAUAUUGUACGCAAUUGGUAACUAAACAUCAGAUUUUAAUCUGUGUACUUUUAGUCAUGGGACAUGUGGCCUAGCCUGAGGAUAAGUAUUUCCAUAGGAGAUAUAGAAUAGGUAGAAACCUAGUUCCCUAGAGACAAGAAACCUGGGUAAAACCUUACAGUUUUAAAUUUGCCUGAAAUUGCUUAGGUGUGAGGGAAAGAGAAGUCAGGAAAAUUACUUCUCAAGAGAAAGAUCUGAACUGAAUCAAGCUUUAUUUUAGAAUUUAACACUGGUUCAAAAUUUUCUAUUAUAUGAACUUGGUUUUGGUUUAUCAUUCAUGGGAAGGGUAUAGAAUUUCAGGGAAAAUAGCUGAAACUUUAAGAGUCCACAUUUUUUUACACUUCUUCACUGGUUGGUCUUUAUUUUUCUAUGAAUCUCUAAAUGAAAUGAUUUUCCCCCUCUUACGAUAUAUAAACUAUUUCUUGGUAUAAAUAAGAAUUUAUGUGGGUAUUUAUUUAAACAACUUAAAUGUGUAAUUCUUAAAGUAGAAUUCUAUAGUUACUUCCAAAUAAAAGAACAUGCUUAUAAAAUUUAAUACAAUUAAGAAGUUGUGGAGGGCCUGGGGAUAUAGCUCAUUUGGUAGAGUGCUUGCCUUGUAUGCACAAAGCCAUGGGUUCAAUCCCCAACACCAACAAAAAAAGAAAAAAAAAAGAAGUUGUGGAGGUAGAAUUUUCUAAGAUUAACUGAGAGUUGAUUACAAAUGAACUUAGUUAUCAGGAUUUAUUAUUCAAAUAACUGGAAAACUAUGAAAUAAUUAUGGAAUAUAUGCGGGAUAAGUGUACAUAUGUAAAAUAUGGUUACUAAAGUUGGAUAUGUGCCAAACUCCAUUUAUCAGCAAGUCCUGUCUGAAAAGAGAAGGGAUACACUGGUGAAUUGUUUAGAAUGCUAAAAAAGGAAGCCCAAGCCAGGCACCGUUGCUACCCUUGUUGUCCCAGCUACUCAGGAGGCUAGAGGAUCUUUUUUUUUUUUUCUUGAAGAGAGAGAGAGAGAAUUUUUUUAAUAUGUAUUUUUCAGUCUUUAUGUAUGCCAGGCGAUUGCGUUACUGCUUGAGCCACAUCCCCAGUCCUUGUACCAGUCUUUAUGUAUUUAUUCACACAUUUGAUAAAAAUGUCACAGUUAAGAGUGAAAUCAUUACAAUGACAUAAGUAAGUCUACAAAGUCAAACUGCUUUUUUAAGCCAGAAUAUGGGGCAACUACAGCUGCUUAGCACCUGUGCACACCCACGCAGGCAUGCCCUCCCACGCAGGCAUGCCCUCCCACACACACCCACUCAAACUGGCAGGCUCUAAGUUCCAACGUUAAUAACCCAGGGACUCUUCCCUGGCUCCGCUAGAGGAUCUUUUGAGCUUAGGAGUUUGGGGCUAACCUGGACAAUUUUUCAGUCCCUGUCUGAAAAAACAAAUAUAAAUGAUGUCCAAAACAAAAUGGUAAUUUGUUUGGAUAUAGUGAAAAUAGUUAAUAUAGGCAUACGAAGUUUUUUUCCUACCCUAGCAUUGUCUCAUGUAAAAUAAGAUAGCCCUGAAAAUCCUAUUUGAGAGAAAAAAUUAAUUAUGGCUACUUUAUCAGUCUAAAUACUUUUUUCAACUUUAUUAUUUUGCCUUUCUCUUGGGGAGGAGGAGGACAUGCUAUCCAGGACAAUAAAAAUGAAUUGGGAACUUUAUCACAGUUCCAGAUUUUCUAUUGAAUUGACAACAUUUUAAUAAAUGUUUGGAAUUAUUUAUUAUAACUACUUAAAAUAAACCUGACUAGUGCUUCCUUGUAUAUGUAAUAUGUGCAACUAUCCCCUGAAAUUUGCUUUAAUGUUUCAGUGUUGAAUCUGUUUCUGAAUGUUCAUUUAUUAUAUGGUGCAUAAGUGAUACUCUAUAUAUUCCUCAAACAUUCACCUUGCUAUAUUAUUAUGAAAAUAAUUCUGAUUUUUCACAGUAUUUAGUAAUUUCAGGUUGAAGAUUAUGCAAAAACAACAAGUUUAUCACAAGGGACCAAAUUAGUAUGAGCCAAAUUUGGUUCAAACAAGAAAUUUCAAAGAUAAUUUAUUCUUUGCUAAUGCUUAUGGCUCUGUUGUUCCCUUGAAAGAAAAAUAAAAAGUUCCCAUAUAAUAAAAAGUUGUUCUGAGUUAAAAAUUAAAUCUCAGCUAUAAUCUAAA